AUGUCAAAGAAAGAAUUUCAACAACCUCCAUCUCCACCUCCACCAAAUAAUCCACGUCAAUGUAAUUUUUGGGUAAAACGUAAAAGACGGUACUGUCAUCUUCCAAAAAAACUUGAUAAUAAUUAUUGUGGUGAACAUUUACAAUGUGAAGUAAAAGUAGGUAUAAAAAAGGAAAGAAUUCCAGUAUGUUAG